UUCCAUUGCAUACGUAGGCCUCACGCCGACUUGUAGGCCUCUGUGCUUUCUACAGACAUAAAUAGGACACAAUUUCGUGACGUUCAGCAAUUGCAGUGAUUGUCAAAUUUGUAUUUAUUGAAGAGAAACUGUGUGUGAUAUCAGAAAAGAAGGACGGUUUUUGAUGUAAUGGUAAAAACUGAGCAGCGCAAGCUAAGUGUACGUCUAGAACUUGAUUCCGCAAGUAACAGGAAAUAUGGAUUCUACAAAAAAGGGAAUAAAGGAAAUGAAAUUAUAUGAGGAUGUGCAUAGAAUUUACAAAGAUCUUGCUGAGUUGUCAUACGGUCCCGGUGAUAAGCUAGAUGUUGACGUCGUCUCCAAAUACGAUCAGUAUCACUACCAUGGCACCGAGGCUAUAGAUGAGGCCAUCAAGAGUUUAGGCAUAACGGAGGAAAGUCGAGUUCUUGAUGUUGGAUCUGGAAUUGGAGGCCCAGCAAGGUAUUUAGCAAAGGUAACAAACUGCCAGGUGAUGGCCCUUGACCUGCAGCAAGACCUGAAUGCAGUGGCUGAAGACCUAACGAAGCGAUGUGGGCUUGCUGACCGAGUGACGCAUAAGUGUGGAGACAUAAUGGUAGAUUUACCUGACGAGAUGGGGUAUGAUUUCGUGGUUAGCUGGCUGGUCUUUCUUCACAUUCCGGAUAAGGCAUCUUUAUUCGACGUGUGUCGUAAAAAUUUAAAGUCUGGAGGUAAAAUGUUUAUAGAGGAUUUCUUUGCAAAGUUUCCCUUUACCGACGACGAAAAAGAUGUGCUUGCUCAUUCUGUGUUCUGUCGCGAGCUGCCCACCAAGGAACAGUAUGAAGAUGCGCUGAAAGUUGCCGGCUUUGUCAACAUCAAGUAUGAGGACGUGACCGAGGACUGGUUACAGUUUGUCCAGGGCCGUGCCAACGCCUAUAUGGAAGAAAGUUCGCGCCACGCCAGGGUCUACGGAGAGGUGACUUACAUGAACCAACAAGACUUCUACAACAAUGUGGUCGACCUUUUUAAAGGUGGACAUUUGGGUGGUGCGAAGAUUGAAGCGACAAGGGCGGAGUGAAUCUAUGUCACAGAAGAGAAUUUCCAAAAAGCUAAUGGUGAAGUAUUAUACUUUGCUGGCCUGAUGCACCUUCCAUAAGUGUUUACCCACCCCACGAAAUGGAAGAAAAUUGCCUCAUUAUUGCGUUGGCAUCUUCCAAUUGUAUUAUUCUUUGAAAACAGCGCUUAAGACGAAGAUUGUUUUGUUGAACGUACUAUACAUGUAUAUAUCCACCAUGAUAUAUCGUUGGUAAAUAGCAGAGCGUGGCUUUUUCAUGAUCAGUGCAUAAUCAGUUGGCGGGUUACUCUGCACGAGUACUCUCAUCGAAUUUCUAUGUGCCUUAAAAGAACAGUGUGGACAAUGACAAAUGAUGAUCUCAAACGUGGAAUGUGAUGAUUUUCCUAGUUAAUGCUUCUUCGAUCCAAUAGAUCUAGAUUUUUACAGUGUCAAUGCAUGUAUGAUUUGUACAUGAUUAUGAUUCGAGAUUGGGCGAGAUAGUACCCCGGUCGGGUACAUACAUGUAUACCAGUAUACGCUGCAUGGGCUGAUGUUAAUGUGCUAAAUCUCUUGUAUUAUGCUUUUUGCAUGUAUGAUGACUUUAGAGACGAAACAGGAAAGAAAAUUGACAAUGGUAUGUUAUCUUAGAGACGAAAUAAAAAAAUGUUAUUGCCAAA